AAUCUUUUAACUUGCGUUUCUACAAUCGAUGCUAAGGUGCCUCUCCUUUUCGUGAUAGAAGGAGCAACCGUGCGUAAAUACGAGACUGAGGUGGGGAUUCUCUGUAUCGAGGGCAGACCUCAACAUGUAUUCCAGGAUUCUUCUUUUGCUUGCAUCGUGAUAUUUCCUGAUCCAGCUGAUAAUUUGAUCCUACGCUUCGAUUCCGAAAAGCUGCGGGAAUACUGGAUGGUAAAGAUAGCCACUUGCUCUCACCAAAUGGUUCGAGCCCAGCUUGAUGAGACUGCCUAUAAAUUCUACACAAUGGGUAAGCAAGAGGCAGACAUCGAGGAACCAAACUCUGUCAACUCUUUCUAUCUUACAAACCCUUAUAAGGUUUCUCACAAUUUCGCCAUAUCACAGCAAAAUAAUCUACCGUCUCGGCGUGUCUCUUUUGCUGAGACAAUGUCAGAAUCCAAGCUAUCAAUAGUACUACCGCUAGAGCUAGUGAAGUUGUACAAGAAGUGGAUAACAGAUUUUGCUGCCCUGUUGGAGUCUCGUCAGCAUCGCUGGCCAUCGUUUGCCAUUAGCGGCCUUCAUGAUGUCUUGAGAGAAGUUAGAGAAAACUCCGAAACGCUCGAACAGUCUGCUGAAUUCCUUCAUAACUAUUCUGGCCCUCCAUUCCGCAAAUCUAUGGAGAAACAUCGAGUUGCUUUUGCUCCAGUACCCACCAAUCUUCACGUUCAUUCCUCUGUAGUGGAUCAGCGUGCCACACAAAGCGUCAUUAGUUGCGGCACCGCUUCUGCUCUACCACUUCGUUUCCAGGUUGCUACGUUAACCAAGUGAUU